UCCCUCACUCCCACGCAACGCGCACGCAAACCACAGCGGCAGCACGCUCCCCCUCCUCGCCCCGCACAAUGCGCCGCCUCCGUCUCGCCGACGCCAUCCUUGUCCUUUCUCUCAUCCCCCUCGCGGCCGCCGCGGGCGCAGCCAAGGCGCCCGCGGCUCCGCCGGCACCGCCCAACGUGACGGCGGAGAUGGCCAAGGGCGGGUGCAAGGCGUUCGCGGACCUGAUCGCGGCGUCGCCCGAUGCGGCGUCCACGUACCAGUCGGCCGUGGAGGGCGGCGUGACGGUGUUCUGCCCCUCCGACGAGGCCGUCAAGGCGUUCAUGCCCAAAUACAAGAAUCUCACCGCCGACGGCAAGGCGGAGCUGCUCUUGUUCCACGCCGUGCCCGUGCACUACUCGCUGGGGAGCCUCAAGUCCAACAACGGGCCCAUGAACACCCUCGCCACUGACGGCGCCGCCAAGAACUACAACUUCACGCUGCAGAACGAGGGCGACGUCGUCACCAUCAAGACCGCCGCGUCCGCGGGCGCCCCCGCGCGGGUCAAAUCCACGGUGCUGGACAGGGACCCCCUAGCCAUCUACGUCAUCGACGCCGUCGUUGAGCCGGUGGAGCUCUUCAAGCCCGCGCCCGCGCCCGCACCCGCGCCUGCCCCGGCGGCGGACGCGCCCAAGGCCGGCAAGGCGGCGCGCCACCCUGCGCCCGCUGUGGCGGACGCUCCCGGGCCUGCAGCGGAAGACGCUCCUCCGGAGGACCAGAAGAAGGAGGCCAAGAAGAGCGCCGCGCCCGGCGCGCCUUGUGUUCGAUGGUUCGCCGCGACGCUGGCGGCCGUGGCUGUGACCUCCACAUUGGCUUAACGAGGGGCUUUCCUUAUUUUUUUACCUUUUCUGUUCGGUGCUGAUCCAUUGGCGUGAUCGUGGUGUGACGGCGUGUUGGUGUGCUUGCGAGAUUUGUGCUUCUUCUUUCUUGGAAGAAAAUAGUGUAUGUGUUUCAUUUUAGAUGUUUCUUUUUGGCUUUUUGCUACUAGCUAUGGUGAGGCCGAAAUGUUCAUCAGGAGCACUUUGAUAUCCGAUUCUGUCUAAUGCAGUCUUGAUAUGCUGAACCUGAA